CUCUUCAUCUCCUGCUGCCCUCAAUCUCUUCAUCUCCUGCUGCCCUCAACUCUUCAUCUCCUGCUGCCCUCUUCAUCUCCUGCUACCCUCAAUCUCUUCAUCUCCUGCUGCCCUCAACCUCCUCAUCUCCUGCUGCCCUCUUCAUCUCCUGCUGCCCUCAAUCUCUUCAUCUCCUGCUGCCCUCACCUCUUCAUCUCCAGCUGCCCUCACCGCCUCCUCACCGAUGUCCUUACGGUCACCCCUGACCACCUGAUCAUCUGAUUACACAUCCACCGUGUCUCUCCUCCUCACCACCUCGUCAUGGGAGACGACGAGCAGCAGGGGAAUGGGGGGCGAGAGGAAGCGACCCCUCGGCCCGGCGCCGCGGGCCCCACGACCGUCGGGACGUCGCCUCGGGUCGACGCGGGCUACGACGCCGAGUUGCUGCAGCAGAUCCGGGAGCUCCUCAAGGAUAAACAGAGGCCCGCUGAGCAGCUGAGGCCUACGGAACAGGAGGAUGAGCUCAAGGCGUACAAGACCAAGCUGGCGGCGGCGCAGGGCAACGCGGAUCGGCUGGACGAGCGAGCAAAGUUGCUGGAGAGGAAGUUCCAGGAGGAGAGGAGGAGGCACGAGGCGGAGGAGCAGGCCAUGACGAUGGAGAUCAACAAGCUCCGCAAUGCGAGCGUCGCCGACAAAAAGAAAAUCCAAGAGAUUGAGGCGGCCUACAAGAGGAAAAUGGAAGCCAAGCCUGAAGGUUCCCAGUACGAGGAGGAGCUGAAGGAUGCCGAGCAGGCCCUGGUGGCCAAGCAGGAGCACAUCGACAAGCUGAAGGAGGAGUUGGAGACCCAGCACUCGAAGGUGCAAAAUGUCGUCGCCCUGCGUGAAAAGGUGCACGAGCUGCAGGAGGACCUGAACGCGCACGAGCGGGCCCUGGCCGCGAAGGAUCAGGAGAAUCGGCAGCUGCUCUCGCAGCUGGAGUUGGCACGCACCGAGAUCGGGCGUUUCAAGAACUCGUCUUCGAUUCCCGUGCCCAGCACGCAGUACCAGUGCCCCAUCUGCAACUACUGCGCGCCGGACUAUGACACCCUCGAAAUCCACGUGCAGGGAUGCAUCACAUGAGCGCCUCAUGCCCAGUGGUGGUGGUGGUGGCGGCAGCGGCCGUAGUGGAAGUAUUUUGACCCCAACUCACAGCAAUUUGGACCCCGGUGGAUCCAGAAUACGAUGCUUUGUUUUUUGACCCCGGGUUUGAUUUAUGUUUUUGGUAAUGUGACUCCCACCACACUGUGGGGAAAUAAUACCCUUCCGCUUCCCGGGGGUUGGCGAUACUUUAUAGGAUUUGGACGCCAAGGGGUGCAAAUACUAUUAGUUAGUGUCAGGGUCAGAAUUACGGUGAGAGUUCUAGCCGGUCCCCUAGCUUGCCCCCUCCCCUGGAAUCUGAAUUAGGCUGUGGGGUUAAACUACCACAGGGGGUAGAGUUCAAAUAAUAUAUCAAAAUCUUACCCAGGGUCAGAAGUCCAUGGGGAUCGAAGUACUAUCUCCCACCGGGCUGCCAGUCAUGGCGCGCGCAUGUGUACG